UGUUGUGGGACACCAUUCAUGUUAACCAUUAUUGUUUACAUGAAAUAAAAUAUAUUUUGAGCACACAACUUCCUUGUUUUCUACAUUCCAUACCCCUAUAUAAAGGAAAACACUUCCUACAAGUUUUGUACCCCAAAUAUUAUUAUAAACCCCUUUCUCUCUCUGUCUCAAACACAAAAACAGAGUUAUUAUUCUCUUCUUUUUCUUUUCUGGAACAGAACAAUGGGUGUUCUUGAUAAACUCUCUGAUUAUUUCUCUGUGUCUCUGUCACCAACAAGGGGAAAGAAACGCAAACCAAUGCAGACAGUUGAAAUAAAGGUGAAAAUGGACUGUGAUGGGUGUGAAAGAAGAGUUAGGAAUUCUGUUGCUUACAUGAAAGGUGUGAAGGAAGUGGAGGUAAAUAGAAAGCAAAGCAAGGUGACAGUUAGUGGCUAUAUUGACCGAAACAGGGUGCUAAAGAAAAUAAAUAAUACUGGAAAAAGAGCAGAGUUUUGGCCUUAUGUUCCAUAUAAUUUGGUGGCUUAUCCUUAUAUAUCACAAGCGUAUGACAAGAAAGCACCAUCUGGUUAUGUUAAAAACUCGAUGCAAGCACUUUCUAGUCCAAAUGGGAUGGAUGAGAAACUUACUAAUCUUUUUAAUGAUGAAAAUCCUAAUGCAUGUUCUAUUAUGUAAUGUUAAUGUAAAAGAGGUUAGUUGCAAAUUGGUGGUUUAUGUUAUAUGUUUCAUGUAUGGUUAUUGGCUUUAGCUAAUAAAUAUUUUUGGGCAAAAGAAUAAAUAAAGGUUAAGAAGUAAUGUAUUCAUGUUUUUACGGCUAAACUAAGCAUUCCUUUUUGGGUU